UAUACUUCAAACUUAUUAUCCACAAAAAAAACGCUAUACUUAAAAUUUUCUUCUUAUCUGAGCCAAUCAAUCAAACUCAUCUUUCCUUUUUUCCAGCCAUCACCUUCUUUAUAUAAUCAGACCGGCCCCUCACUCGCUCUGCAUUGUUUCUCUGCACUAAGUUCAUCAUAAUCAUCUCAAGAGAUGGAAUUUCCAAACCGGGAUAACAAAAUCCCAAUUCUAAUAGUCCCAUUCCCAGCACAAGGCCACCUUAACCAGCUCCUUCAUUUCUCCCUCCUUCUCUCAUCCCAUGGCUUCCCCGUCCACUUCGCUUCCUCCUCCAUCCACAACAUCCAAGCUCGCCACCGUCUCCAAGGCUGGACCUUUGCAUCCCUUCACAACAUCACCUUCCAUGAUAUCCCCAUCCCUUCUCUUCCUCCAUCCACCCCCAACCCCAACUCCACUCACGGCUUCCCUUCCCACUUAGUCCCUAUUUGGGAGUUCGUCAUCCACCACCUCCGUUCUCCAAUCUCCUCUCUCCUCCACUCCCUCUCCUCCUCUUCUCCUCUCAUCCUCAUCCACGACCCUCUCAUGUCCUUCGUCAUUGAUGAUGCCGCCUCCAUCCCCUCCAUCCAUACCUUCAAGUUCCAGUGCGCCCCUGCCAACUAUAUACUCUCCUACCUCUAUGAAAGCAAAUCCAAACCCGACAUCCUCUUCUCUCCCUUACCCGACACCUUCCCUGAAGAGGUCAGUACCUUCUCUAAGAAACAUUGCUAUGAUACCCCAUGCGAAGGGAUGCUCUUCAACACGUCACUUUCCAUUGAAGAACCUUUCAUUGAUCUUCUUGCCAAAGAAGAUGACUUUGUUGGCAAGAAGAUUUUUACAGUGGGUCCUGUGAGUCCACUCAUUGUAACUGAUCGUAUGUCUGGACCUCGUCAUCCAUGUCUUGAAUGGUUGGACAAGCAACCCCCCAAGUCAGUCGUGUAUGUAGCUUUUGGAAGCACAACAACAAUUCCAGUUGAGCAGAUAGAGCAGAUAGCAUUAGGAUUGGAGAAAAGCAAUCAGAGGUUUAUAUGGGUUGUAAGGGAUGCUGAUAGAGGGGAUGUAAGUCAGGAUGCGGAGCUUGAGAGGGUGAAGAGCUUGCUGUUGGACUUCGAUAAGAGAGUUGAAGGAAUAGCAAUGGUGGUCAGAGGAUGGGCACCACAGCUAGAUAUACUAGCUCAUGGUUCAACAGCAGCUUUCAUGAGUCACUGUGGAUGGAACUCAUACAUGGAAGGGAUGAGCAUGGGAGUGGCCAUGCUGACUUGGCCUAUGCAUUCCGACCAACCAAGUAAUGCACUGCUGAUAACUGAGUAUUUGAAGGUGGGAGUGAUGGUGAGGGAGUGGGAGAAAAGAGAUGAGGUUUUGAAGUGGGAGAAGGUGGAUGAGGCCAUCCGGAAGGUGAUGGUGCAUGAAGAAGGGGUGGAGAUAAGGACAAGGCGAAGGAGUUGGGAGAGAAGAUAUGGGAUGGUACUAAAGUAGGAGGAUCACCUUAUGGACAACUUUUGGCUUUUAUUGAUUAUAUUAAUGGAUGUAAGCACUUAUAAUUAUAUUAUUAUUAUUUAUAUAAUCACUAAAAUUAUGUAAUAUGU